GCUGCUAAUAAAAAGACAACUGUACCUGACCAUAAGUGUUUUUUAAAUUGGACUAAAGGAGCAACUAGUAUGGAAGCUGAUGCAAUAGCUGAAGGGUUCAAACGAAGCGUAGAAAUACAUGGUCUUAAAUUCAAUAAAUUAAUCGGUAAUAUAGGUAAAAAAUUUUUAGAAUCAAAAACCAACAAGAUAAAAAAUACACGUAGACGAAAACUAUUUCAAGAACAUAGAACUAAAAAAGUAGCAAGUUCUGGUCCAGACCAAUAUUAUGGACUAGUAGAAACUUUAAUUAAAGAUAUAACACCCGAGGAAAUCAAUAAUAGAAAAAAAACGUUCUUAGAUUCACUUUCUCUAACUCCGACUAAUAGAUUGGCAUUAGAAUUUGAAACGAGAGUUCAAUCAAAUUCUCAAAUGUGGCAUAAAGAAAGACGUAAUCGCUUAACAGCAUCAAACUUCGGACGAAUAUGCAAAAUGAGGACAUCAACAUCGUGUAAAAAUACUGUUUAUGAUCUAUUGUAUAGAUCUUUUACAUCAAAAGCCACGGAGUAUGGAAAAUUAAUGGAAUCGGUAGCCAUUAAAGAAGCAGAAAAAAAAAUUGGACAAGUAAUAAAUACAUGUGGUAUUUUCAUUGAUGUAAACCACGGUUAUCUACACAGGUUGGCGCACGGCGUGUUAUCGCUGGUCGAUGCGGCGAACGCAGUGAACUAAAGCGCUAGUAGUCAUGAGGCCUAACUGGUUACCGACUGGACGAGUUCACUCGUAAUGAAAUAAUAAAUUCUAAUCGUGAUUAUAAAUUAUAAUUUUUUUAAUUACUUUAUUUGAAAGCUGAGUACUUAAUAUUAGUGUACAAUGUAAUUUAAUUACAUAAAAAAAUAAUUCCCCCAACACUUGACUUACGAGUAUACUUCGAAAAACUCUCUAAAUGACUGACGUCAGAAUUAAUGACUACAAGUCUUUCUUACCCAGUUAUAAUUUAUUUUAUUUAUAAAAUAUCUGUAAAAUAAAAUAUCAAAUAAACAUAAUAUGUUAUUAUCACUUUGUUCAUUACUUAUUCUUUAUGUAAUAAAACCUAUUUAGUAGUUGGUUAAUACUUAAUAACUAAUUUUAUACCUAACUAAUUUACAGUUUAUAAUAAUUUUAUUUUUGUUUUUUCAUCCCAGUAAUGAUUCUUGUAGCCUGAAAAAAGCUUUUUGCCAUCUUAGCCGUAAACCAGUAUCUUUUGGUGCGGAAAACUGUGACACUUUUUCUGUGUUGCUUUUGUAGCCUGAAGUACAUCCAACUACACAACACUUAGCCACCAUCGCAAUAAAACUACCUACUACCAAUUAAGUAAUGACAAAAACACAUACAGUCAUACAGAUUACAGAACAAUAUUGUCGAAAUUAGAAAAUUAUUUUGUUCGUCUUUUUCGUACAGUUAUCAUGUUAUCUCCAGGUUAGGUGUCGGUUGCGUUCUUAUCACCUUUUCACGGUCUAUAAUAAUUGUGGAAUGUUUUUAAUUCGUAUUUUUAGUCGUUUGGACGAUAUUAACGAUUUGAAUAAAAAAUCUUCGAUUUCCCAGUACAUACAAAUGUGAACGUAGGCCCACUGACUACUAGCGCUAAUAGUUCACCACGGUCGCCGCAUAGACCAUCAGUCUGUAUUAGCAUCAU